AUGGCAGCACCGCAGGGACCCCGCGACGUGCGGGACCUCACCUUCAGCCCGUGGGAUUACGGAGUGUUCGCGCUGAUGCUGCUCAUCUCCACGGCCAUCGGGCUCUUCCACGGGCUGGCCAAAGGCGGCCAGAAAACCUCGGAGGAUUUUUUCACGGGUGGCCGGAGGAUGUCGGCGUUGCCCGUGGGGUUGUCGCUAUCGGCCAGUUUCAUGUCGGCGAUCCAGGUGCUGGGGGUGCCGGCCGAGGCUUUCCGCUACGGAGCCAAAUUCCUGUGGAUGUGCCUGGCUCAGCUCAUCAACAGCGCGCUCACGGCGCAGCUUUUCCUGCCCGUCUUCUACCGCCUGGGGCUCACCAGCACCUACGAGUACCUGGAGCGGCGCUUCAGCAGGAGCGUGCGGCUGUGCGGGACCGUGCAGUACGUGGUGGCCACGAUGCUCUACACCGGCAUCGUCAUCUACGCGCCCGCGCUGAUCCUAAACCAAGUGACCGGGCUGGACAUUUGGGCAUCGCUGCUCUCCACGGGGGUCAUCUGCACCUUCUACACCACCAUAGGCGGGAUGAAGGCUGUCAUCUGGACCGACGUGUUCCAGGUGUUCGUGAUGCUCGCGGGUUUUGUCGCCGUCGCCAUCCGCGGGGUGCUGCUGGUGGGGGGUCCCGCCAAGGUGCUGAGCAUCGCUGCCAACGGCUCCAGGAUCAACUUCGCAGACUUUAACCCGGACCCUCGGAGCCGCUACACGCUGUGGUCGUUCUUGCUGGGCGGGACCGUGCUCUGGCUCUCCAUGUACGGCGUCAACCAGGCCCAGGUGCAGCGCUACGUGGCCUGCAGGAGCGAGAGGGAGGCCAAGAUGGCGCUGCUGGUCAAUCAAGUGGGGCUGUUCUGCAUCGUGACCAGCGCUGUCGCCUGCGGGCUCGUCAUGUUCGCGCUCUAUCGCCACUGUGACCCCCUGCUGGCCGGGGCCAUCGCCGCCCCCGACCAGGUACGGCCCCCCCGGGCUCCUGUUCCCUUCCAGGACCUGCCGGGCACUCUCACCUACGGCACCUCGUGCAUCACCGUGGCCGCUCUGUCCUCGCUGCUGGGGGGGGGCGUCCUUCCGGCCAUCCUGGGCGAGUUCUACUCCAUGUCCUACCUGUACUACGGCGCCUUGGGGACACUGGGGACCUUGGGGACAGGGGCCCUGCUCAGCCUCCUGCCAGGGCCAGCCCGGCAGAGCCGCCGUCCCCAGGGUGUGCUGUGGUGGGACAUCGUCAAGGCCACACCCUCGGGUGUCCCCAAGGGUGACAACAGCCCCGGGGACGAGUCCCCGGACAAGGCCGGAGUGACCCAAGCGCUGCUGGAGAGGCCGGACAGGGAGGGGACACCCCCGUGUGACCCCUCCAAGGGAGCCGCUCUGGGCGCCGCCAUCUUUGAACCGGGCAGAGCCGCCACCAGCGGCGGGCAUUGCGCGGAUUCCCCGCGGAUUUUUUCCGCCAGCGCCGCCCUGAGCGAGGAUCUCCGCCCAUUCCGCCGAUCCUUCCGCUCCGUCCUCCGCCACUCCCGCAAAGAAACAGCAAAGCUGUGCCAGGCCGUGCCCUCAACAAAGAUGGCGGCGGCGCGCCCUGCCCUCUCCCGCCAUUGGGGCGGUGGCGGCGGCGCGCGGUGA